GAACAAGACUGAAGUGCUUGCAGGGGUGUAGUGGAGUUGUCCUUUGAGAGUGUGAAGUGAUGGUACUCAAGGACAGGAUGCUGUUCCCGCUGCCCCUGCGUGCAGCCUGCAGCCUGCUGGCCUGGUUCUGCCUCUACAAGUGGUUCUGCCACCGCUACCGGCACCGCAGCAUCGAGUGGAGCUGCAGGCUGGUCACACUGACCCACGGCAUCCUCGCCACCUGUCUGUCCGCUUACAUCGGCUUCAUCGAUGGCCCCUGGCCCCUGAGUCACCCAGGAUCACCCAACACAACCCUUCAGGUGCACGGGCUGUGCCUUAGCUUGGGCUACUUCAUCUUCGACCUGUGCUGGUGCGUGUACUUCCAGACGGAGGGUGCCCUGAUGCUGGCCCACCACCUGGUGAGCAUCGUGGGCAUCGCCACCUCCUUGGCCCUGGGCGAGUCGGCCGCGGACGUCAACGCCGUCAUCUUCGGCAGCGAGAUCACCAACCCGCUGCUGCAGGCCCGCUGGUUCCUCAAGGAGCUGGGCCGCUACCACACCUUCACGGGCGACCUGGUGGAUUUCCUCUUCGUGGUGCUCUUCACCGGCGUGCGCAUCGGCAUGGGGGCCUGGCUGAUGUACUGCGAGCUGGCCUCGCCCAGGCCCCGCUGGUACAUCAAGCUGGGUGGGGUCAUCAUGUACGUGGUGUCCUGGGUGUUCAUGGUCAGCAUCUGCCGCUUCGCACGGAGGAAGAGCAUGAGGAAGUACCAGGCCUGGAGGAGCCGCAGGAGCCACGAGCUGUGCUCGAAGACCAACGGGCACCUCAAAAGCCACUGAGUGGAGCAAAGAGUUCCUGGAGAUGGCGGGCUGGCAAGGAGGGGGAUCGUGCCUGAAAUGCCGCUGGCGGGAGACGAGCCAAUGCACGUUAGCAGUUCUGGAGCCAAAUUUAUCCCUGGCGUAACUCCACUGAAAUCCAUGGAGCUAUGCCACGGAUUCACUGGAUGUGCAGUGCUCGGCCUGGCAGAGGCUGGCUCGGGGUAUGUAAGCACAGCCUGAACGAUGAGUGAAAGAAGGGCUGAUUUUAUGGAUUAAACGUGGCUAGUCCAGGUGUAAAUAGCGAUGUCUGUAGCCAACUCCUUCAGGAUCUUGGAAGAGAGGAGGAGGUAACACUAGAUCUCCAUGUCCAGUGUCCUGUGCAGUCUAGGCAGCUGGAGUGAUUCUUCAAGCUGGGAGGAAGAAGCGUG